AUGUCGGCGCAACGAGCAAUGUCUCUCUCGUCGUAUCUCGUCAAGCCCGCCGAACUCAGCGCUGCUCUGAAAGGCAAUGCUCCUACUCGCUUGGCCACUUCUCCUCGAGUCAUUCCCCUGUGUGCCAGUUGGUUCAUGCCCAAUGAUCCCGAGAAGAGGUCAGGAUAUGAAGUCUUCAAGCAGGGCCACGUCCCCAGUGCUCGCUUCUUCGACCUAGACCUCGUCUCGGACACCACUUCUCCAUACCCCCACAUGCUGCCCAGCCCUCAGGUCUUCACCCAAGCCAUGCGUAAGCUAGGCAUCCGUCGUGACGACAACAUCGUCGUCUACGACAGUGCCGAGCUCGGCAUUUUCAGUGCACCCCGCGUUGCCUGGACUCUGCGUGUCUUCGGUCACCCCAGCAUUCACAUCCUAAACAACUACAAGCUAUGGGUCGAAGAAGGUCUUCCUACCGAGAAAGGCGAACAAACAGAAUUCCCCGAGUCGCAGUACCCUGAGCCGCAGAUCGAUCCUUCCAAGGUUGCGGCUUUUGAAGAAGUCAAGGAGAUUGCUAGGGAUUACAACAAGGAAGGUAGAGAAGGUGUGCAGAUCUUGGACGCCAGGUCUCUUGGUCGCUGGAGCGGCGUUGAUCCUGAGCCGAGACCUGGACUCUCUUCUGGACACAUCCCCGGAUCCAUCAGCGUUGCUCUUCCCGAACUACUGGAUCCAAAGACCAAGACGUUGCUUUCUAGAGAAGAACUGCUCGAUAUCUUCAGAACUAAAGGAGUCGACCCUCUCAAGCCCAUCAUCAGCUCUUGCGGCACAGGAGUCACGGCAAGCGUGAUCGAUGCUGCCUUGACCGAGGCCGGCUUCCCCGAGACCAACAGAAAAGUCUACGAUGGCAGUUGGACCGAGUGGGCCCAACGAGUGCGAGCUUCGGACAAUUUGAUUCACAAAAGUCGGUAA